UGACUAGCAGACAAAUUAUGACCUUUUCCAUUUCCCCAGCCUCUCUCCUUUCCUUCAUUCCUUCCUUCUUACCUUCCGUCUAAUCUCUCGAUAUAUAAAUGUCAAACAGAAAAGCCUUGAACGCAUCACUUCUCCUGCAUUGAAAACCACUUCCCAAUAACUAAUCUAAAAGAAACAUCUAGAGAGCGAGAGAGGUGAUGGAGGGGUUGCAGAGAUCUGAAAUCUCGUUCAGGAGGCAGGGCUCUUCGGGGCUGGUGUGGGACGACCGCUUCUUGUCCGGCGAGCUCAGGCGACGAGACGAGCUCGACCAAGAUCAGGAGAAGGCCGCCCCCGGCGACGACCCCGCCGGCGUCAAGCCCUCGUCGACGCCCGCCAGGGGCCCCGCCGCCGAUCCUCCUCCCCCGAUCGAUACUCUGAGCCGGAGCCGAUCCAGCAACGCCGCCGGGGGGCGAGGGUACCGGACCGGGAGGGUGUCCCCGGCGAUCGAGCCGCCGUCGCCGAAGGUGUCUGCAUGUGGGUUCUGCGGCGCCUUCGGGAAGCAACCCAAGAACCGCAAGGCCAAGCCCGGGAAGCGCAGAUCGAGGUAGGAUCGGGUUCCCUGGGUUGCUCCCGGUGCUCUGCUGGUGACGACUGGUCAUGGCGUAUCUGCUUCAGGAGGUGAAAUUUUUUCUCUUUUUUCUUAUUUAUCGAUAGAAAUAUAGGGAAUUUAGUGACAUAUGAGAUAAGAUUUAGCUGAUAAUUAGUGUGGUCUAUGUCUCAAUAAACUGAGAUUGUGGGAGUCUUUGGGGAAAAAGAAGUGGGAAAGUUUGGUACUUUGCUUCUUCUUCUCUGCUUUUGUCCCACCCCCCUUUGUUCUUUCUUGUGAGCACGAUUUGUUGUUCUUCUUUUUCGGGUUGGAUUUAGAUUCUAGAGAAGCCCUGUUCGUGUGGUGGUGGUGGUGGCCUUUUUCUUUACGCGAUCGUGUGUAUAUCUGUCUGGAAUUUACGUGAAUUUCUUAUCUGUACAAAAGUCAAAGUUCAAUGUGAACUCUCCCUCCCUCUCU